AUAUUAUUAUUACUACUAUAGUCCCCACCCACAGAGCUAAUUUCCCCUCCUCACCUCAUCUCUUUGCUCUUCUUUCUCAUUUGUAAAGAAGAAUCAAUUCUUCACUCCCGCUCAACCCUUAGGGCUUCUAAUUUACCCCCGAAAGCUCGAUUAAUUUACACUCAAUACCAUUGAUCAUUCAAUCUGGUGCAGAUCUCUUUAACAAACGCCGACAUUGGAGCGAACCCAUAUCUAUAAGAUAAGCUGGCUCGUGUGUUAAUUUGAGGAGUACCUGGUCCUCCUGGAUACUGAGUGUGGGGGUUCGGCAAUUUGGGAAAAACCAGUUGGGGAUAUAUUUAUGGUUAGAGGAUUUUUCUCUGGGAAUGUUCAAGAUUAGGUGAUGCUAAUUAGGCAUUUGGCUUUUGAAGGAAAGAGUAUGGCUAGAUUGGGAACUUUGUGAGGUCUUUUCUGGUAGAAAUAUGGCUGAGCUGGCAUUACCUCGACGGAUUUCCAAUUCAAAUCCCGGGUUUGUGAAUGAGGCAUUAGCAAUAAGGCAAGAAUUUUCUGAUGUUGACACUUGCAGCGGGAACGUGGCUGAUCAUAAUUUGGCGGCAACAGUACGCAAUGCAGAGAUGGUUAUGGCGGACCGGCCUUUAGUUGUCGGACAAGAGUUUCCAGAUGUUGAUAGUUGCAGGAGAACCUUAAAGGACAUAGCUAUAGCAAUGCAUUUUGAAAUCCGGAUUGUUAAAUCAGAUAGAAGUAGGUUCAUAGCUAAGUGUUCCAAAGAGGGUUGUCCAUGGCGUGUUCAUGUAGCAAAAUGCCCUGGUGUUCCUACUUUUUCUAUCCGGACACUCCAAGGGGAGCAUACAUGUGAAGGGGUUCAAAAUCUACACCACCAGCAGGCAUCUGUUGGUUGGGUUGCGAGAUCUGUUGAAGCACGUGUCCGGGAUAAUCCUCAAUACAAGCCUAAGGAGAUUUUGCAAGAUAUUAAAGAUAAGCAUGGAGUUGCCGUGUCAUAUAUGCAAGCAUGGCGAGGCAAGGAACGCAGCAUGGCUGCAUUACAUGGGACUUUUGAGGAUGGUUACCGGAUUCUUCCAGGUUAUUGUGAACAGAUACGAAGGACGAAUCCCGGGAGCAUUGCUUCUGUUCUCGCGACAGGACAAGAUAAUUGUUUUCAACGGCUCUUUGUUUCUUACCGUGCUGCGAUAUAUGGAUUUUUGAAUGCUUGCAGGCCACUUUUGGAACUUGACAGAGUUCAUCUAAAAGGAAAAUACUUGGGAACAAUGUUCUGUGCUGCUGCAGUUGAUGCUGAUGAUGCUUUGUUUCCUUUGGCGGUAGCUGUUGUUGAUGUAGAAAGCAAUGAAAAUUGGAUGUGGUUUAUGUCAGAGUUACGGAAACUUCUUGGAGUAAACACUGAUAGCAUGCCGAGACUCACAAUAUUGUCUGAGAGGUCAGUGGAUAUAGUGGAGGCAGUUGACACGCAUUUUCCAAAUGCUUUUCAUGGGUUUUGCCUGCGCUAUGUCAGUGAGAAUUUUCGCGAUACAUUCAAGAACUCAAAAUUGGUGAAUAUCUUUUGGAAUGCAGUUUAUGCGCUUACAUCUGCAGAAUUUGAAAACAAAAUCACUGAGAUGGUGGACAUUUCACAAGAUGUUCUUGAAUGGUUUAACCAAUUUAACCCGCAGCUCUGGGCUGUGGCAUACUUUGAGGGGGUUCGCUAUGGCCAUUUUACAUUAGGUGUUACUGAAUUACUGUAUAGCUGGGCAUUGGAGUGCCAUGAGCUUCCGAUUGUACAAAUGAUGGAGCAGAUUAGGCAUCAGAUGACAACAUGGUUCCAUGAUCGCCACAAUGUUGCCAUGAGGUUGAACUCAAUUCUUGUACCAUCUGCUGAAAAGAGGAUCUCUGAAGCGAUUGCCGAUGCACGGUGCUACAAAGUUCUUCGUGCAAAUGAAAUUGAAUUUGAGAUUGUCUCAACAGAACGAACGAAUAUUGUGGAUAUUCGAAGCCGUGUCUGUUCUUGUCGCCGGUGGCAACUAUAUGGAUUGCCUUGUGCACAUGCUGCUGCUGCACUUCUCUCGUGCGGCCAGAAUACUCAUUUAUUUGCUGAGCACUGUUUUACUGUGCACAGCUACCGGGAAACUUAUUCCCAGGUGAUCUAUCCUGUCCCUGAAAGAAGCCUCUGGACUGAACUUGGUGAAGGGGCGGAAGGUAGUGGUGCCAAAAUGGAUUUUGUUAUUCGGCCACCCAAGACUCGCAGGCCUCCAGGAAGACCCAAAAAGAAGGUUCUCAGAAUAGAGAGUUUCAAACGUCCAAAGAGGGUUGUUCAAUGUGGUCGCUGCCACAUGCUUGGACAUUCUCAAAAGAAAUGCACAUUGCCAAUUUGAUUUAGUAGGAUCGGCCUUUCUUUUGGUAUUACUAUUUAUCAAUGCCAUUUUGGUGUUGAACUUUUCCAGAAACAGUGACUUCGUAAGUAUAAACCUGUGUCCUUAACAAUUUAGUCAUUGAAUAGGUACCUGGCUUCCAUACUGUAGCUUUUACCUGUGCCUUGAAUGUAUUCUGGGAGCAAUUGAAGCUCCUUUGUAAUCUGAACUUGUGAUACUAAGAACUCCUGAAGAGUUUGCUCCUGCUACCCAUUUUUCUGUUUUUGGUCACCACAUGUCUCAUGCUGAAAGCAGCCAAUUAUCUUCGAGAAAUGUGUUGAUUUUGAAUGCUUUACGCCUUACCUUUAUGUUACGGUGAGAUCUGAUAAGAAUUGAUGCUUGGAGUCGGAAGUAAGCCCAGUGUUCAUGCAUGUUUUUCUUUUGGCUGAGGUCCUUGUGGAGAUAAUUGAUGGAAUGUCAAACCGUAUGUAUCAUAAAUCUUAACCGCUCAACUGCUGAAGUUCACAGAGCAGUAGGUCAAUAGAAUUGCUUGAAGUACAUAUAUUUGUCUACAUUUUGGGGUGCAAGAUUAUGGAUUUUCUUCUUGUGUGCUAGGAAUGACAGUGAUCAGUUUCUUUAUCUACGAUUACCAAGAGAAUGAGAGAUACGAAGUGUUUAUAAUCAGAAAGUAGAUUAAUUGGUUAUUUUAGGGAAGCGCUGUUAAUUGCAGUCUCCUAGUUUUGCUUGCCACAAAAUUGUACUGGUGAUAUAGCUCAGAUCAGUUCUGCAUCUAC